AUGAAUGAAAUCCCCCUGCAGUAUGAGAGUCUGAAAGCAGUUUUGCUCUACAUGGAACCAAAUGUUAGAUUCAAACUUGGUCACCGCCUCCCAUCCAUUCGUUUAACCGAAAAAAUAGUUCCGCUUCGAAUUGAAAGUUUAGAAUUAACCUCGCAUUCCACCAAAAUAAACGACACUGAAUACCUGAUUGGACUCUUUCAAGAAUACAAUCCCGGAGAAAAAGUUCCAAAAGCUAUUCAGAAUUCCAACGAAAAAGGCGGAGUUUUUGGUGAUUUGGAUCAAUACGGAUUCUUUUUUUCAUCCGGUUAUUUUGUAGUGGAACCUGGAGAUGUGGCACUCCAAAUAAAAACUGAUGUGACUCAGGAAUCAAUGGAUGAUAGUCGAGCUCGGAGGGAACGAGAGUAUAAGUAUUAUCUGCAACGUAAUGAAGAAGCAUUAGCUGCCAAACUCAACCCAGAAAUACCACAUGAUAGAUACAAUCGUUUUAUCGAAAAAUCUGUCGAGAAUCUCGAAGAUAGUAUUGAUUUAUACAGCACGUGUCUUCAACCAUACGAACGUCGGCGUAAAAACUUCAAAGUUCCGUAUGUAUGUCAUCUCCAACUCACAAUAAAAUCAGAAGGAAAUAAACAAACACAAAGAUAUCCAUACGAAAUGAAGCAUUACGUGGCUGUAAAACGUUUAAAUACUUUCUUAUUUGGAGGAAGACGUUCUGUAAUCAAAGUUCAAACGUUUAAUCUAUCAUAUCAGCGAACAACUUUAAGACUACCGAUUGGAUUUCGAAUUUCAACAAAACAAGUCAAGAACUUUGAUGACAUUACUAACCGGGACAGAGCUAUUUGUUCAAUGUUAGACCCAUCAUCAUUCCCAUUAGACCGUCUUCAUAUGGAUUUAGCUGUCGCUGAAGAUUUCGAUCUCCCGUGGAUCCAAAACGCAAGAAUUUUGUAUGUUGGCUUAUUGCCGACCGAUGAUUUCUGGGUGUUGGCGACUCUUUUCAAUUGGAGAAUUUUUUUCAAAUGUGAUUGGAGAGAUGUUUCAGUACAGGAAUGUUUCGAGUGGGUUUCGGAAUGGAUUGAGAAUGAGCGACCAGUUGGAUCAUGUUUCUCUUUUGGAAUCAAAAAGGAAGAAGCAGCAAUUGAACAUCUUGAAAUGAUCAGAUCACAAGUGGAAGGAUCGGAAGUUUCGGACAGGUACAUCUCAGUUCCCACUGCGUUUGACACCAGACUGGAAGUAUUCUACUUUCCAGUAAAGGAUCUUCAGAACAUGGAGCAGAUUGAGUUUUACGAAAAAUUGAAUUGGAUUAUGAAAUUGAAAAUUGCCCAGUAA